AGUUUUAAUUAAAGCAGCGUUGGUAAACCAAAAGCUGCUUUGACGACAUGGCAUAAAUUCCGGUUUUUGUGACCUCGCUGUUAUGAUGAUAUCUGCAUCGACCGUUAAGCAAACAUAACAUUAAUCCACCUAUGAUGCAAAUUAAGCGUCUGCUAUGCAAAUCUUGCACCCUCGGCACGGUGCUAAUAGCAGGAGUAUGGAUGCUCGGUCUAUUGGCCUACAUGCACCAUCUGCGUAGCACCAUACCGGCGGCUGGCUGGCGUUUCAACAGUGCUGCAAAUGCAACGCCCCGGGCAGAGCUGAGCUACCAGGCACAGGUAACAGCUGGCUGCUCGCCCGCCACACCGAACACCACACAGAGUAUUGGGACAGGCGAUCAGUUCGAGUUGUUGGGCGUGGUUCGCAACAAGCAGGACAAGUAUAUACGUGACAUUGGCUACAAGCAUCAUGCGUUCAAUGCGCUAGUCUCCAAUAAUAUUGGACUAUUUCGGGAUGUACCCGAUACGCGGCACAAGGUAUGCGAGCGUGGGGAGACGCUGGAGUCAGAGCAGCUGCCACAAGCUUCGAUCAUCAUGUGCUUCUAUAACGAGCACAAGAUGACACUGAUGCGUUCCAUUAAGACCGUGUUGGAGCGUACGCCCAGUCAUCUGCUAAAGGAGAUUAUUCUGGUAGAUGACAACAGCGAUCUGCCAGAGCUGGAGUUCCAUUUGUUGGCUGACCUCCAUGCUCGAUUGAAGUAUGACAAUUUGCGCUAUGUUCGCAACGAGCAACGCGAGGGCUUGAUACGCUCCCGUGUCAUCGGAGCACGUGAUGCCAGCGGCGAUGUUUUGGUUUUCCUUGACUCGCACAUCGAAGUGAAUCGCCAGUGGGUGGAGCCAUUGCUGCGUUUGGUCAAGGCAGAGAAUGCAACGCUGGCGGUGCCUGUAAUUGAUCUUAUCAAUGCGGAUACGUUUGAGUAUACGCCCAGUCCGCUAGUGCGCGGGGGCUUUAAUUGGGGUCUGCACUUCCGCUGGGAGAAUCUACCGGAGGGCACGCUCAAGGUGCCGGAGGAUUUCAAAGGACCCUUCCGCUCACCCACCAUGGCCGGCGGGUUGUUCGCAGUGAAUCGCUUGUACUUCCAGCACAUUGGUGAAUAUGACAUGGCUAUGGAUAUCUGGGGUGGCGAGAACAUCGAGAUCUCAUUUCGUGUGUGGCAAUGUGGCGGUGCCAUCAAGAUUGUGCCCUGCUCCCGCGUUGGUCACAUCUUUCGCAAACGUCGACCCUAUACGGCGCCCGAUGGCGCCAAUACCAUGUUGAAGAAUUCGCUGCGCUUGGCUCAUGUCUGGAUGGAUAAGUAUAAGGACUUCUAUUUGAAGCAUGAAAAGGUGGCCAGAGACUAUGAUUAUGGCGAUAUCAGAGCACGUCUACAGCUACGCGAGCGUCUGCACUGUAAGGACUUUGGCUGGUAUCUGAAAAAUGUUUACCCCGAGCUGCGCUUACCUGGAGAUGAGUCCAAGAAGUCUGGAUCGGCGCCAGUCUUUCAGCCGUGGCAUUCGCGCAAGCGCAAUUAUUUGGACUCAUUUCAGCUUCGUCUAGCGGGCACUCAGCUCUGCGCCGCUGUAGUGGCGCCCAAGGUGAAGGGCUUCUGGAAGAAGGGCAGCUCCUUGACGCUGCAAGUCUGCAAACCCCGUGCGCCCAAUCAGAUGUGGUACGAGACAGAGAAGUCGGAGAUUAUAUUAGAUAAGUUGUUCUGUCUGGAGGCGGCGGCCGAUACGUUGGUCAUCAUUAACAAGUGUCACGAAAUGCUGGGCGAUCAGCAAUGGAGGCAUACACGUAACGCCAACAGUCCCGUCUACAACAUGGCCAAGGGCACCUGUCUGCGUGCCUCCGCUGCGGAGGUGGGUGCUCGGAUCAGCUUGGAUCUGUGCUCCAAGGCGGAUGGCGUUGGUGGCGCCUGGGACAUUGUGCUCUUGAAACAGGAGCCGCAGCAGCAGCCAAAGCUGGACAAGCAGUUGUGAGCCUUACAGGUGGUAUAAAGCAAUAAUUAGACUGAAUUUGUCUAUAUAGAUACAGUAAAAUAAGCUCUUGAUAUCAGUUUAUUAAGUUUUGAAUAGUCAGUAUUUUUUGCACAAAACUGUUUGGUUUGACGCAAUCAAUGACAAAAGUCAAAAACAAAUCGAAAUAUUAAGUAUUCAAGUGAUUGAAGUGUUAACGUACGAUUCCAAUAUCUCCAAUACAGAUAUAUAUUUAUGUAGAUAUCAAUUAGUUUUGUAAGGGUUA